CGCGCUUUGAUCUCGCGAGACGCUCGCCGUGAUCGUCUCGGGAGAAGCGCCCUUUGAUCUCGCGAGAGCGCGGGGGUGCCCGUGCCCUUGCGGCGCCAUGGCGGGGUACUGGGACGGCCCCGAGGGCGAGCAGUGCCCGCAGCGCACCUGGCUGACCACGCGCGUGGGCGCCGCCGCCGGUCUGCUCGGCUCGGCGUACCGCAUCAUCCUGCUCCGGCCCGGCUCCGCACUCGCGGCGCUGCAGAUGGCGGCGUCGGACACCGUGACCAUGGCUACGCUGGGUGCCGUGUUCGGGCUGACCACCUGCCUCAGCGCUCAGGUGCGGGAGGAGCCCGAGAGCCCCUUGGACUAUUUCAUUGGAGGCUGUGCCACAGGAGCUGUCUUAGGAGCCAGAGCUCACAGUUACAUGACCGGAACCGUUGCGUGUUUGGGCUUUGGAACUACUGCUGCAUUAAUGAAGAUAGGUAACAAGGAAGGCUGGAGGCUGACGGGGCCUCCCAAGCUGUAAAUGUGCCAUUCCACCCUGCAAGCUGGCUCUUGAGUGCUGUAUGUAACAAGAUGUUGUGUAAUAAAAGUACUGUCAAAUGGGUUGUCACUAGA